AUGCUUGUGGUUACUGAAGCAAUGAACAGUGAAUCUGCAAACAAAUUUAUUUCUGCUUUAGUCAAGGCACUACAGACACUGUGCCAUGGCUAUGUGGAGUUCAACGACGGCAUUGAAAUUAUCGGGCACAUCUAUUUAAAUAUUGAUAGUGGAUCCAGUUUUGAUUAUGUUGUGAAGGAAAAGUUGUGCAAAAAUGCCGAAAACUCUACAAUGUUUGUCAGCAAGAGUUUCCAGGCAGUGCCCCCUUCUGAUGAGUGUUUGCCAAGAAAAGACAGGGAUGAUGAACAUUCGGCAUUCGAAGAUGCUUCCAUGUCCCCAACUUCAGGGACUUUGAGAUUACAGUCAGCUAUCACCAGCAUCAGUAAUGUACUAUCUGGCGCCCAUGAAAACAUCAAACCGAGAAUCAUGGAACAUUCGUCUCACCAUUCUUCGCUACAGAAUACCGGAAAGAGAAAAAAAGAACACAAUGGUAAUUACAACAGCAUGCAACCUCCACUCAAGUACACCACGCUACAGACAUCGUCAUCUUCAUCAUCAUCUUCAGUUUACUUCGGUAGUGGACAGUCUUCGAAACAUGCAACAGACAGGAACCAUGCAGAACAUUUCAGUAAUGCUUCCCACGCUGAGUUUUUUGGUGCCGACAGCAAUCAGGGUCCAGAUGAUGAAGAUGAUUUACACUUAGAUGUGACGUUUGUCAAAGAGGAAUAUGAAAGUCAGAGAAGCAGAGGGGUUUCAGUUAGUGCUGCGUCCAGGCUUAGUCAAGAUUUGUCCUCAAAUUCAUCAAGUAUGCUUCAUGACGGCAGUUCUGGGAGUGGUGCACUGGGCUACUCAUCCAGUCAUCACCCUUUACCACAGCAGUUUGCUAGUGGUACAGCCGGCAACAUGGGCAGUUUGAAUCCAGCUUUCCAGGACACCUCACAAGUGGACAUGGACCAGCAUGGUGGGCCGAGACCACCGAAUCCUCGAAAUAAAACGGCAGAGGAUGACCGCCCCACUUUCCAAGUUCCUGCUGUGCCUGUGAAAUAUUUCAGAUGCCCUGUUUGUAAUAUCAUCAUCCGGCACAAGAACAACAUCAAGAGGCACAUGCGGCGACACAAUGGUGACGUCUUUACAUGUCCCUUCUGUGAUUCCACUCAAACUUGUCGCUGGCAGUUGGAGAGACAUUUAGAAGCAAAGCAUUUCAUUAAAUCUGAGAAUUCUCUCAGUGGUGAAGAUGUUCCAUUCAUUGGAGAGAAUUUAUAA